UCCAGCUCGUGUAUAUGUAAUAACAUAAACUGGUCGAUCUUCUCAUCUUGUCUCUUCAACUGACGGAGUGAAGACGUGGGUUCUGCAAGGAUGACUUCUUCCGCCGUUGUUAUUUUCGUCAGCGCCGUAUUUGUUGGUGUCGUUUUCGGCGAUAUUGAAACACAGGCUCUUCCCGGACAUGGCGAAUUUGUAAAGCGAGUCCGAAGGGAAACAGAUAAACAAAAUACAGCCAUCACCGGGUUCAGCGCAGCGGAAAAACAAAACAUUGUGGACAAACAUAACGAAUAUAGAAGAAUUCCAAAUGCGGCGGAUAUGCUUCUAAUGUCCUGGGACAACGAACUGGAGGCUCUAGCACAGGGCUGGGCGGCCCAGUGUAAAUUCGCCCACAACCCGAACAGAACAAUUGCUUCAUCAACCAGUCCCAUCGGCGAAAACUUAAGCAUCAAGGCUCCAUCUUACAACGAGGUUUCGUCAGUGACAAGUUGGUAUAACGAGGUAUCUGACUACACCUACAGUUCCAACACCUGCAGUGCAACCUGCGGCCAUUACACACAGGUGAUAUGGGCGAGUAGUUACAAGAUCGGGUGUGGGAUCAAGUUCUGCAGCACCAUAGAAGGAUCGACAAUCACGAACGGAUACGUCGUCAUCUGCAACUACCUUCCGGCAGGAAACUUCAGAGGUGAAAAGCCGUACAAGGAGGGAGCGUCAUGCAGCCAGUGUCCAGCAGAUCGGCAAACGUGUGAAAACAAACUAUGUCGUGAAAGCAGCGGUAGUGGCGGCAGUGGAACCACACCUACAAGCACAACAUCUUCCAACACGGCACAGAGUAGUAGUAGAGAAACCACAACUCGUGGCACUGAACGGAGUGGAGCCACUGCCUGGACCAUAACCAGUGACAUUUUGGUUCUGUCUGUCGUCUUCGGCAACUUGAUGUGAUUGAGUCAAUGAUGAAAAAGAUUAGUUAAGACUAAUAAGCCCAGUAUCUUCGAGAACAAAUUAUUUUCUCACCAACACACCGCCACCCUCCUCAUGAAAGUGUAGCGUAGGCAUUAUUUACUGCUUCAAGUACUGUCAGAAAAACUGGAAAAAUAGUUUUCUGGCUUCAUUUAAUAAAUACGAAAGAUGAAAAUAGCAUAUAUCAAAAUAACGCAAAUCUAUCUUAACUAGCCUAGCCUACCCGACGCUGUGAUUACGCUGAAAAGGUACUGUCAUAGGUAAAAUGAUGAUAAACGUAGGAAAUAUUCGUGUGUUGUCAUGCAUGUAUGAAAUGGCCUAUUGCCUGCCCCAUACACAAUAUUAAGAUUAUAACGGAGUAGCGUGCGCACAUUUCUCAAGUCUGUGCAGACUUCCCUCACUGAAGGGUUGGGUCAUCCUGGCACAGUCCGGCUGGUUAGGCGCAUCAUCAGCUCAGGGCCCUUUCCCCCUCUCCACGCAGCCCAGACAGCGAAUAGGACUUCUCCAAGGAAAGGCUGCAUACUAUUAGUCAAACCCACCGAGAAUUCUUCGGAGAAAGUGAAGACUCCCUUACUGCAACACUGCAUUAUUUACAAUGAUUCGCGAAUGUGCCUUUCCCAUGAUGUUGUUUCUUUCCUUGUGACAUAAGGGUAUGAUAACCCGGAGGCUUUAACGUUUAUAUUUUGCAUGUAAACUGCUCAAAAGAAGUUAAGCACCACUCUAUUCCUUAAUAAUGCUAUACUUAAUCUUUCAUGGCAUGACAGAUAUACUAAAGGAAUAUGAAAAAAAUUGGCUGGUUCUCAACUUGUUUAUAAUAGUAUAUGUCUAAAUAAUACUUGCUAGAAUUAUUCACAUGUCUUAUUAAAACACCACGACACUAGUUAGUACUGAGUAUCAGCGUGCUGUAUAAGUCGUCAUCUAUUUUGAUAUCAAUUAUCAGGAAGUUUCACACAUGCAAUAUAUUGUGCUAAAGUGUAAUCAUGCUAUUUCACGUAGCUAUUUGACAAAUGGUCCCUUUCCAUGACAUAAUAACAUAUGAACAUGUGUACGUAGCAUAGUUUCUGAAAUUAUGUAUAAAGCUUGUAGAUUAUAGCAUUAUAUGAUCACUCCGCAUUCAGGAUUUUCCUUUUUUUACUUGUCUUGAUUAACACGAUGCACAAAUAUGCAGCAAUUAAUCCAAACAAAAAUGAUUUCAUUUGACUAAUCCAUUAAAUAAUAUUAUGUGUGCAACUACUAACGAAUAAAUGAUAAACAGUCUUUCAGUAAUCGUUGAAGACGUAGUCCACGCAUCAUUGACAUGAUCACUGAACUGUAUUACACGUGGUAAGCAAAAACUGUGAUUUAAUCCGGUGUAAACAUGUAUCUAUUUGUAUGAUUUAUUGUUGUGUUUUCGAUCGAUAUUAACUUGCAAUAAAGUUUUGUUGUGUUAA